UCAUGCGCAAGGCGAGGAAAAGCGUUCCUUUUACCCGAAACAAACCUGCUUACGUACCUAUACUAAGUUCUGGACAGGGGCUUAAGACAUGGCUUUGGGGGGCGUUUCCUUUCGCGCUAUGGCGUCUUAAAAACGACUUUGAGAGUAUUGUCUCACCACCCUUCGAUUCCACCGUUACACCCGUAUCCUGUUAGCCACUUCCAAACCCCCUCAUACACUGUUCUGCUACUGCUGCCCAAGGGCACCCACCGUAUGCUAGUCACCCGUGGUUCAUCGCCCUCGAGGAAGCCCCUGUGACCUUCUGUUGGGCGGUUGGGCGGGGCAGAUGGCUUACAUAUCCUCAGUUGAAAGUUGAAAAGCAGUUGCGGAGGCAGGAAACAGGCGGAUAUGGAUGAGUCCGAAUUGCUCUUCUUGAUAUGGCGUGCCCUGUCAUCCGGUCCAUUGACUGGGACUGUACGGUUACUAGAAGAAGAGGCAUCGAAGCAUGGGUUGCUGCCAACGCGCGUCGACAUUGCUGGGAACGUGCAGCCGGUUCCAUUUGCCCAGCAUGGCAGCGUGCAUUCGCACGUCCCGGCAGACGCCCUCCAACAGUUACUGGGCAAGCUUAUGGCCCAGGAUAAGCCUAACGGAAAUGGAAGCAUCCAGGUUGUCAGCUUGACGGCUCCUGGCAAACAUGGCCUUCUGGGCUGCCCGGAGCCUCCCCUGCCCAUCUGGUGGCGACGGCCUCCCACACAGGCCAGCUUGCCCCACCAGAUCCUGGUACGGCAAACCGGCAUGGCCCGGGGUCGCCUGGCCAGCAGCGCACUGCACACCUCGGCGGGAUGCGGUACUGCUGCGGGUACGGGUGUGGGGGGGAAUGCUGCCAGCGGCGCUGCUGGUAGCGGUGCUGUGGCUGCUGCUGUUGGCGGUACGGCAGGUGUCGCUGCUGCUGCAGCAACAGCCGCUGCGAACGGUGCUAGCGGUGCUGUGGCUGCUACAGCCGCCGGGGGGCUCCUCACGGGGCCGGUGUGUCGACAGAUGCGGCACCUGAAGACGGUUCGGGGGCACCGACUUGCCGUGUACUGCUGCACGUACGACAACACGGGCAAGCGUAUCAUCACGGGCAGCGACGACUGCAUCGUCAAGAUCUGGUCUGCACUGACCGGGGUGCUGCUCAAGUCGUGUCGCGGCCAUGACGCGGAGAUCACCGACUUUGCCGUCAGCGCCGACAACCGGCUGCUGGCCUCUGGGGACACGGCGAGCAGCAUCCGGGUGUGGAGCCUGCAGGAGGACACCCUGGGUUGGCCGGUGUCGGUGCUGUCUGGCCACACCGCCGCCGUCUCCUUCCUCGACUUCCACCCGCACCUGCCCGAGGCGCUGCUGUCCUGCUCCAUUGACAGCACAUGCCGCAUCUGGAACGCACGUGACCCAGGAGUCGCUGCGCUGGUGUUGCGACCCGGCGCGUCGUUUGGCGUGACGGGGCAGCCGCGGGGGCAGCAGCAGGGGCAGGGUGAGGAGGGGCGAGUGCCGGAACAGCAGAAUGGAGGUCCCGCCGAUAUGCUCAGCCCCACGGCCGGCGGCUUCUUCAGCCCCACACCCGACCCACUCAGCGCCCUUACCAGCCCCCCCACCGGCACUGGUGGCCCCCACACGGGCGCCGCUGCCACAACCGCAACCGCCACAACCGACGCCCCUCCUACAACAGCCACCACUGCAGCCACUGACACGGUUGGCGGGGCGGCCGGGGUGCAUGCCGGCAGCACUCUGGAUGCCGCCGCUGGGGGCAGUGGCAACGGUAGCGGCAGCGGGGAUACUGCUGGUGGUAACAAUGCUGGCGGCAAUGGCUGGAGAGAAAAUGGCGGAGGUGCGGGUCCGUCUGGGAGCCAGGCGGCGGGAACCGCAGCGGCGCCAGUGGCAGGACCCGCAGCGACGGGUGCAGGCGGAGCACGGGCGACCCGCGGGACAGUGGCAGCAGAAGGGGCAGGAGGUGGAAGAGGAAGAGCGGGCGGAGGCAGUGCUGCAGCUAACCAAGCGGCAGGACAGGGGCAGCCUGCGCCAGGAGCAGCAGCAGCUGCACCCCAGCCACAGCCACAGCCACAGCCCCUGGCGCACCUGAGCUUCCUGUGCUGCUGCUGGUCGCCGGACGGCUCCUUCAUCCUGGCGGGGGGCUCCGACUCCACCGUGUGUGUAUGGCACUGGGACCUCACUCCGCCCCCUCCGCCAUCGCAGCCACUACUGCUGCCGCCACCGCCACAGCAGCAGCAGCUGCAGCAGGGGUCACAGCAGCAGCAGCUGCAGGUGUCACAGCAGCAGCCACUGCUGCUGCCGCCGCCGCCACAGCAGCAGCAGCAGCUGCAGGUGUCACAGCAGCAGCCACUGCUGCUGCCGCCGCCGCCACAGCAGCAGCAGCUGCUGCAGGGGUCACAGCAGCAGCCAUUACUGCUGCCGCCGCCGCCACAGCAGCAGCAGCUGCUGCAGGGGUCACAGCAGCAACCACUGCUGCUGCCGCCACCGCCACAGCAGCAGCAGCUGCUGCAGGGGUCACAGCAGCAGCCACUGCUGCUGCCGCCACCGCCACAGCAGCAGCAGCAGCAGCUGCAGGGGUCACAGCAGCAGCCACUGCUGCUGCCGCCACCGCCACAACAGCAGCAUGAUAACAACAACAACAACAACGACACCUCCUCUUUCCAGAUGAAGGUUGGCGACAUGGAUUGCGGCGGUGUGUGCGGUGCCGGCAACAGCUGUGCAGGCGCUGCUGCUAUUGCUUCUGCUGGUGCUGGUGCGAGUGCCAGUGGUGAUAUUGGUAGCAGUCAUACUAGCGGAGGCGGAGAAGCAGCGCCUGCAGGGCCGCGUGCGGAGCCGCAGUCGCUGGCGGCCGCCUGGGAGGGCCGCGAGUGGCCGCAGCCCACGGAGCUGACUCUGCUGCCGGGCCACCACAACGACAUCGUGUUCAUUGAGUUCAGCCACGAGGGGCGCUGCGUGGCGACCGCCUCCAAGGACGGAUGCGUCAAGGUCUGGCGGCUUGAACAGCGGCAGCCAGCUCGGCGCGAGGGCCCUGCUGCCCCGGCUGCUGCUGCUCUCAACCAGGGCCCGCAUGAGGGAGGCAGUCUGGGAGGAGGAGGAGGUGGUGGAGGUGGAGGUGAUAGCGGCAGUGGCAGCCAGCCCGGGUCGCUGCAGUGGCUGUGGCGGGAGGCGCUCAACCUGACAUGUCCGCCAACCGAAGAGGAAAUCCGCAAGGCGCGACUCAAGCGGAGGCCGCCGCCGCGCCCCGCCAUCAACCAGGUGGCCUGGAACCUGGACGACUCCCGAGUGGUGGCUGCGGUGACGGACAACAGCGUGCGGGUGUGGGACGCGCGGUCCGGGGAGCCAACACACACGCUGCUGGAGCAUACGGCACAGGCGCAUGUGGUGGAGGGGCAUCCGCACGACCCGCGACUGGUCAUGUCGGGAGGCUACGACGGGCGGACCAUUCUGUGGGACGUCUUGGCAGGGACAGCCCUCAAAAUAUUCAGCACGCAAGACACCUUCCCGGGCCGAGGCCGCUGGACUGACCCCAUGCAACUGGUGGAUGGGCACUUCUCCCCCGACGGCGCCCAGCUGGCCGUCACGGAUACGGCAGGCCAGCUGCAUGUGUACGGCAUCCCCGUGGCGGCGGCGGCUGACGUCAUGGCACGUUCGCCGUACGAUCAGUUCCUGGCGUCCGACUACAACGGACUGUUGCGGGACGCCAACGGCUGGGUGCUCGACGAGCUCACCCAGCAGCCGCCCCACCUGAUGACCCGCCAGCUGCUGUGCGACUACGCCAAUCACCCGCACCCGAUUGAGCUGCAGGCGGCAUACGCGGCCAGCAGGCUGGGCGGGCUGCCGCGACCGCACCCCGUGGAUAGGGACCACCCGCUGCCUCCGGCCCUGCUGACCC